AUGAUCUUUGACAUCUAUGCACCGUUCAUAGAGAAGUUCCAAGAGGUGAAGGAGGCCAUUCAAGCGCAGCAGUGUGGCGGUGCUGCGAAGACUACCAACGGAUCUGGGGCGGCUACCCCAGUCGCUUCGGCAACGGCCAGUCCUCUGCUAGCCGCUAGAGCACCUGCCGAUGAACCACCGGCCGUAUCUCCUGCUCAGCCAAAACCAGAAAACGACGAAAUGAUGGUGCAUCAGCGAGCUCAUUCGGUUUCAUCAACCAUUCAGGGUGGUUACGCGACGGUGGGCAGGUCGAGCCGUGGCCCUUUAGCGUCUUCGGGCGCCGCAGACCCCGCCCCUCCCGACACGGCUGAGCAGCUGCGCUACGAGAACGACAGGCUCAAACUUGCGCUUGCGCAGAGGUAA